UUAUCGCCACCAACAUUAGCCGCCAUCUCUCUCUCUCUUCUUUUUUAACCGUUGGCCCGGUGUCGCCAUUUUUAUUUUGAAUUGUAAGGUGUCUCAGCCAACUCAAAGCUCGUAGAUUUCUCCAUUCAGCUGCGAACAUGCCGCGCUUUAUAGCCAUCGUUACAGAAUGGCAUUUGGGGUUCCGUAGAUUUAACUCGGCCAACUGUAAAAUAAAAUCAUACUUCCAAUCUGGAAAUAAUAAUGGCCAAGGUUUGAUAAGUGGUCAUAUGAACGGAUCCUUGUCAAGGAUGUUUGCAACUUUAUGUGAAAAGUUGGCGGAAGAUGCUCUGAAAGAUAGUCCCGUUUCUGAUAUGUUAGUUGAUUCUUUUGGAAGGCUACACACUUACUUGAGGAUCUCAUUGACAGAGCGUUGCAAUUUACGUUGCCAGUACUGUAUGCCAGCCGAGGGUGUGGAGCUUACUCCUAGUCCUCAACUUCUCUCACUGAAUGAGAUUGUUCGGUUAGGUAAUCUGUUUGUCAGCUCUGGGGUGGAUAAAAUCCGUCUGACUGGUGGAGAGCCAACGAUUAGGAAGGACAUUGAAGAAAUAUGCUUACAGCUGUCUAACUUGAAGGGACUAAAAACCCUGGCGAUGACUACAAAUGGAAUUUCUCUGGCAAGGAAACUUCCCAAGUUGAAAGAAUGUGGACUUAGUUUGGUUAAUAUUAGCUUAGACACGUUGGUCCCAGCAAAAUUUGAAUUCAUCACCAGGCGUAAAGGACAUAGCAAAGUGAUGGAAUCAAUUGAUGCCGCGAUAGACCUUGGAUACAAUCCUGUUAAAGUGAACUGUGUUGUAAUGCGUGGAUUCAAUGACGAUGAAAUCUGUGAUUUCGUAGAGUUGACCCGUGAGAAACCAAUCAAUGUCCGGUUUAUUGAAUUUAUGCCUUUUGACGGAAAUGUGUGGAAAGUCAAGAAACUUGUAUCCUACUAUGAAAUGUUGGACAGAGUGGGCAAACGGUUUACAGGGCUUCAGAGGAUUGGUGAUCAUCCCACAGAGACAGCUAAGAAUUUCAGAAUAGAUGGACAUCAGGGUACAGUUUCUUUCAUCACAUCCAUGACUAAGCAUUUUUGUGCUGGUUGCAAUAGAUUGCGGCUUUUGGCCGAUGGGAACUUUAAAGUAUGCCUCUUUGGUCCCUCAGAGGAGCCCUUGGAGGAGCUUUUCUUCCUCCAACAGCUUAUUGAAGUUAGCUUGAGGGAUCCCCUUCGUCAUGGUGUCAAUGAUGAUGAACUCAAGGAAAUUAUUGGGGCAGCAGUCAAGAGGAAGAAGGCUGCUCAUGCUGGAAUGUUUGACAUUGCAAAGACACCAAAUAGGCCAAUGAUACACAUAGGCGGCUAG